AAGAGGCUCGUCCGCCGCGUACCAAAUGCUGGGGGGUCGGCCUGUUGGGGCCCCGCUCGGGCGACCCAGCGGCGGCUCCUUUCCCCGGACCGAGAGGCGUCCGGGCGCCCCGCCUGGCCCCGAGAGGCCUGCUUCGCCUCCUUCCCUUUAGCCAAGUAGUCGUGUUGAACCCGUUUAGCGAGGGAAGCCCGGCCGGCAGUUGCUCCUCCUCCUCCGAAGGCAUGGCCCUCUCUUUCCGGCCAGUGGACAGGCACCGCUUGAGGCCCAAGACGGAGGACAGGCAAAUCUAUUAGCCAUGGAAGCUGAAGAGACAAUGGAAUGCAUUCAGGAGUUUCCAGAACAUUACAAAGUAAUCUUGGACAGAUUGAAUGAACAACGGGAGCAAAAUCAGUUCACAGACAUCACUCUGAUUGUGGAUGGUCACCACUUUAAAGCUCACAAAGCAGUUCUUGCUGCCUGCAGCCAGUUUUUCUACAGAUUCUUCCAGGACUUUACUCAGGAGCCUUUAGUAGAGAUAGAAGGUGUAAGUAACAUGGCAUUUCGUCACUUAAUAGAGUUCACCUACACAGCCAAGUUAAAGGUCCAAGGGGAAGAGGAAGCAAAUGAUGUCUGGAAAGCAGCUGAGUAUCUUCAAAUGCUGGAAGCCAUUAAGGCUCUUGAAAACAGGCAAAAAGCAAAUUCAUUGGUGCAUGAAUCACUUCAGACACAAGAUAGCAGUAAAGCCAAAAAGCGGAAAAUAGCAGAAACCUCCAAUGUCAUUACAGAAACACUGCCUUGUGCAGAAUCUGAACCUGUUGAAAUUGAGGUGGAGAUUUCAGAGGGGGCUAUUGAAGUAGGAGAAAAUAACAUUGAGGCGCUUGAGGAGGUGGCUUCCACUGAACAGUCUAUAAAAUAUAUACAGACCACGGGUACGUCAGACGAAUCUGCUCUGGCUCUUCUGGCGGAUAUCACCAGCAAAUUUCGCCAUGGGGAGCGAAAAAGUGACAUUAAAGAAGAAUGUUAUGGCAUAUCGGAUCCGAUGGGCAAACAGGUGGAAGGCAUUGAGAUCAUGGAACUUCAGCUGUCACAUGUCAACAACAUUUACCACUGUGAAAAGUGCAACCGUACAUUUAAAUCGUUUUACCACUUUAAAGAACACAUGAAAACGCACACCAUGGAAAGUUACAAGUGUGAGCUAUGCAACAAAAGGUACUUGCGUGAGAGUGCGUUAAAACAGCACCUUACCUGUUACCACUUUGAUGAAGGUGCUGCUAACAAGAAACAAAGAUCUGGCAAGAAAAUACACGUCUGCCAGUACUGUGAUAAACAGUUUGACCACUUUGGACAUUUUAAGGAACAUAUUCGGAAGCACACAGGUGAAAGGCCAUUUCAGUGUCCAAACUGCCAUGAGUUUUUUGCCCGGAACAGUACGCUCAAAUGUCACUUGACAGCAUGCCAUUCAGAGGCUGGUGCUAAAAAGGGACGGAAGAAACUUUAUGAAUGUCAGGUCUGCAACAGUAUAUUUAACAGCUGGGAGCAAUUCAAGGAUCACCUAGUAACACAUACAGGUGACAAGCCCAACCACUGUACUUUAUGUGACUUGUGGUUUAUGCAAGGCAGUGAACUGCGGAGGCACCUGCAAGAGAUGCACAACAUUUCAGAACGGAUAAUAACGGAGGACGUCCUUCCCACGGAGAGUGACCCCGUGGCUCCCAUGACCAUCAUAGAGCAGGUGGAACAAGUCCAUAUGUUGCCCGUCAUUCAGGUCCAGGUGGAUCCAGCGCAAGUGACAAUUGAGCAAGUGCACCCAGACUUGAUACCAAAUAAUCAAGUGAAAACUGCGCAAAUAGCAGAGCUCCAAGAGCAGGUCGAGAUUAGCUACUUGGAAGUGGAGCACAUUCAGACUGAGGCCAGCACCGAAGUCCACAUGGAGGAGUUAGAUGUGGAACAGGUGGACCAGUUACACAUGGAAGAGGUUCAAGCGCAGCUUAUAGAAGAAACGAAUCUAGAAGAAGUACAAUCAGGACACGGGGAACACGGUGAAUUAGAACCUAAAGGACCUGAUGGGUUAGACACACAACCAGUAGAGAAUUUAAAAGAGGAAACAGUGGAAACCUAGCAAAUGUUGACUGCGUUGCCUGUGAUUUGAAAAAAAAAAUGUAAUACCAAAUUAUUUUUGUUAAUUGUUUUUGUUUUUGUUUGCACCACCAGUGGAUGGCUUCCUUGUAUUGAUGCCCUUAGAGAAGUGGACAGGCGGACCAAAGUUAGGCCAUUUGAUUAAACUGCCCUUGAUUAAGCCUCCCUUGUGCUUUAAAAAUGCCCCAUAAUAUCACAGAACAAAAUAUUUUCUAGAGAUAGACAGCUCUAUGUGGAGUUUUAAUUGUCAAGUUUUGCAAGAGUGUACUGCUAGGUUAUGUUGUUUGUCCUUGUGAGAGACUUCUGAAAUAAGUUCUGUUUUUCUUUCAGACUAUGAGUUUAAUGUUUGAAAUGGAAAGGUCCCAAGAGUCACAUGGAUUACCUUAAUAACAAUUGGGUGAUUUACUCAGGCUGCUAAUUCCCCUUGCUCUCUUAAUACUUGGCAGUCUUUCUGUUCUUAAGUUUAAACGUUGUCUUCUAAGCCUAGAAAUUGACUGGGAAUGGGGAUAGUCUGCGCUAAGGUUCCUUAAAAUGAAAAAAGACCCCUUGUGCCUUCUCAUAUCCAAAUGAUUAAACUUUCACAAAGCUUUUAGGAUGUUGACAAAGCUAACGCAAAAGAGACAAUGUAGAUAAUUGCUUUGUAGUGCUUUGUAAUUUUGCUUAUAACUGUUAGUUGCCAGGUUUUUAUUUUUGUUGGUUUUUAUUUUGCAUUAAAAUAAAUGUAGAUAAGGGGAAAGGUCAUAGAUUCAAACACUGGCAUUUUUCCCCCAAAGGGCCAAUUAUAAUAGGAAAAUUCAGCUAUAUUUGCCACAAAGUAUGAGUUGGCGGAAAGAUUGCACUGGCAUCUUAUCACCAGAUUUUUAUUUUUAGAAAAAAAGUACAUUUUAUAUUUUAAAAAAAGAAAUCUUAAUAAAAUUCAAAAGUAAUUGUGUCUAUUCAAAGCAUCAGGCUACUGUUUUAUUAUUUAAAGGGGGAGGUUUUGUUUUUUUAGACAGUUUACAGAAAGAUUUUGCGCUUGAAAGACUGGGAGAGAGGAAAUGAAAAAAGCCAUAGGUAUGAGUGUUUGAACUGUGGAUUUAUAAAAGUAGGAGUGUAAAUAUUUUAAAUCAGUAUUAUUGGACAAUAAAACAGUACCAACCACA